CGCGCCGGCCGGGGUCGAGCGCGUGUUCCCUCCCCGCCCCCGCCGCGCGCUGUGGCGCAGCAGGAAUUUGGCCGGGACCCGGGCGCUAUUUGCGGCUCCUGACGCGCGGCGGCCGGCGGCCCUUGGGUCAUUUCUAUUCCGGGGACUCGGGAUCACCGUGCUCGGCCGGCCCCCUCCUCUCGGCCCGGAGGGUGUGUCGGGGCCCCGGGGCUCGCCGCGCCUAUAAGGGGCCGCGCGGCGGGCGGGGACAUGCAGCUCUUCAGCAGCGUCUGCACCCACUACCCAGCGGGGGCACCGGGUCCCACGGCCGCCGCCCCUGCGCCCCCCGCCGCCGCGCCCUUCAAAGUCUCCCUGCAGCCUCCGGGACCCUCCGGCGGAGCCCCGGAACCCGAGACUGGUGAGUGCCCGCCCGCCGCGGCCGCCGAGCCCCGCGAAGCCGCCCCCGCCGCCAAGAUGCCCGCCUUCUCCUCCUGCUUCGAGGUGGUGUCCGGGGCCGCAGCCCCCGGUCCGGCCGCCACCCCCGGCCCGGCGGGCGCGUCCUGCAAGCCGCCGCUGCCGCCGCACUACACGUCCACGGCGCAGAUCACCGUGCGGGCCCUCGGCACCGACCGGCUCCUGCUGCCCGGCCCCGAUCCCUCCCCCGGAGCCGCGACCGGCGCCGCCCCGCGCGGCCGCUGCCUCCUGCUGGCCCCCGGACCCCGGGCCCCAGUGCCGCCGCGGCGGGGCUCCUCCGCCUGGCUCCUGGAGGAGCUGCUGAGGCCCGAGGGUCCCGAGCCCGCCGUCCCGGACACCGCCCGGGAGGGACCCGAUCGAAACUUCCGACUGAGCGAGCACCGCCAGGCCCUGGCCGCCUCCCGGCACCGAGGCCCUGCGGCGGCCUCGGGGAGCCCGGAACCCCGCCCCGGACUGUGGGUCGAAGAGCACCGGGCAGAGAGGAUCCGCCAGGGUUGGGAACGGGGCGGUGAUCGCAGCGAUCGGCCUUCCAGCGCGGGCCCUGCCCAGCGACAGGACCCGGAGACCGAGGUGACCCCGGUGCGGGGCAGCGAGACCGCCCCGAGCAGCGCCACCGAGACCGUGGUCGUGGCCAGAUCGGAUCCUAGAGAUGAGAAGCUCGCCCUGUACCUGGCCGAGGUGGAGAAGCAGGACAAGUAUCUAAGAGAGAGGAAUAAAUACCGGUUCCACAUCAUCCCCGACGGCAACUGCCUGUACCGAGCUGUCAGCAAGGCUGUAUACGGGGACCAGAGCCUGCACCGAGAGCUGAGGGAGCAGACGGUGCACCACAUUGCCGACCACCUCGACCACUUCAGCCCCCUGAUCGAGGGCGACGUGGGGGAGUUCAUCAUCGCCGCCGCCCAGGACGGCGCAUGGGCCGGCUACCCCGAGUUGUUGGCCAUGGGGCAGAUGCUGAACGUCAAUAUUCACUUAACAACGGGAGGGAGGUUGGAGAGCCCCACGGUGUCUACCAUGAUUCACUAUCUGGGCCCCGAGGAUUCCCUGAGGCCCAGUAUUUGGCUCAGUUGGCUCAGUAAUGGACACUACGAUGCGGUUUUUGAUCACUGCUAUCCUAACCCAGAGUAUGAUACUUGGUGCAAACAGACUCAAGUGCAAAGGAAACGCGACGAGGAACUUGCCAAGUCCAUGGCCAUAUCCCUGUCCAAAAUGUACAUCGAACAAAAUGCAUGCUCUUGAAAUGUCUGAAAACCUUACGUCCUCAGGAAAUUGCGUACUUAAGUUGUGUUUGGAGAAAUCACCUGAACUCUAAUCAGGGUAAUAGCACCUUUAAACUUCCUAGUAGAUUUACAGUAGGGGUGAAGCCUUAAUCUUCCUUCUUUUUUAAAGUGUUUUCUCAGAGCUGAAGGUUGCUGGGCACCUAAAUGAUGUUUCAUGAUAGCUUUGGGUGAUUCUACUGCUAUUUAUAAUUUGCUGUAUACAGUGAACACUACUUAAUUUGCAAGCUGAUUUCUCACAGUAUGAAACUGUUCAUUCCUUGUAGUCUAUUUUCUAUAAAAAUGUAUUUUUGCACAACAUUUAAAAAAUCGGUGUAACUUUCAUCUGAUGUGUUCCAGUUUGACAGCUUUUAAGCGUACAUUCAGAGAAAUGCUUUAUAUGAAAUAUUAUUUUGAGCAAUUUGUGAUUUAGUAGUUAUUUGUUAAAAUUUGAAUUUCACAAUUUUUAGAUAAUUAUUCCAAGUGGAGAGUAUUGCAUUCGUGUUUCCAGAUGAAUGACCCAUUCCAUUUUGAUGAAACAGGCAGAAUUGUUUUUCUAGAAAUGUUUAAAGAGAAUGACAGUGUUUAGAAAGAAAUACUGAUGGUGGGGGGUGGCUGGGGAAAGAAUUUUUUUUUCUGUAAAGGAUAAUAAUGCCAGGUCUUACUUGAAGGAGAGUGUGAUACUUGCUGAUGGGAGACCCAGGAUUCUGUCUGGGUGGUAUUUAGAAUAGAUUGUCUGGUGCUCUAAAUUGUUUUUAUUUACUAUGCUUGUCAUUUUGUUAGGAAAGAUGUGAUAUAGGAUCUUGUGACAAGUCUCCUGCUUGAUGUAACUUUGUGGAUUCAACUAAGAGAUUGGAAAACUAAUACCAACUUUGGCGGUUACUGUAUAGCAGGAGAACACUGUCUUAAUCUGUUCUUUUUAAGUUCUCCCAAAAGGCAAAAUAGGAUUAUCCUAUAUUACGUAAAAAGCUCUAUAAACAGAGCUUGUGUGGGCUUGUGUGGUUUGCUGGGUCAAACAAUGUUUCCAACCGAAAGACUAUCUCAUUGCCACUUUAACUACUUUUAGUCAUAUUUAUUAAGUAAUGCAGUUUGUACUUUUUAAUUUUGUAACAUUUUGUGAUUUUUUUUGUAUAAUACUGUGUUCAUACAAUAGGACAAUUCUCAGCUGAUGGAAUGAAUAAAAUGCAUACUUCUACUUUUA